AACAAACUGAAACAAACUAUAACACUACUGACGCACACUUAAUCGUUUCACGCUUUUCGCUCCAAUGUACACAAACGCAUACUUGUAACUUACCAGACCUCCUACCGGCGGUAUCCAGCGCCCAUGACAGGGUUACAAGACAAUCCCGACCUCUAGAUACUUACUGGGAUCAUAGAGCAGCCGCUACUCAUACACGUGCUCUCGCGAGCACGAUCCGUCGAAUGUCAAGGUCAAAGUCGACUGUUAACAUACUGUCAGUCGUCCUCUGUCCGUUAGCCAUUUUGUUUCGGAAAUUUUCCCAUGAUCCAGAAGACCAUAUUUAACUUUCCAAAAUCUUGCAUGCUGAUAAUCUUUAGUAUGCAAUAGUGAUUUUAAAAUAAAAUAAAAUUCGUAAGGUAUCGUUCAUUGUUAAAGGAUGAAAGUCAUACUAAAAAAGGCUCUCUACAAGAUACCUCAUAAACCCCUCAUCCAUUUAGUUACUAUAGUUUCAUAACAUCUAAUUUAUGUAACCCUCAAGUAAGUUAAGAUCAGAGACAGAUACAAAGAUUGCCCCUCUCUGACAUGUCAGUAAUCUAGUUUGCCCCAGGAAGGCGACAGUGUAUUGCCUACACCGAGCAUAAUAUUCAACACACUGAUUUGAUCUACUAACGUUUUUUACCGAAAGUCAUUAAGCGCUCGAGAGCCGCCAAUAGACAUAUAUUUACAUGUACAUUUUACUUGUAUGCGCAUAACGAUGCGUGACACAUAUGCAUAUGAUCCUUAGGGAUAGAAAUGUAAAGUGGUCUCGAUAGAUUUUUGUCUAUUCACACACAUACUCUGGUUGGAUAUGAUUGUAUACGGUUGGCUAUAGCCAUUACUUCACAUUAUAUUCACUAAGACGCAGGUUACGUCCCUAUGCAGUGUACCACUUGACAGACUGUAUUACAUUUAGUGGAUGUAUCAUCACACUCGUCGGACAAGUCGUUGCGACAAAAUGGAAAUUAGCUCAAUCGCUAAUACAGUUAAGGAGUCGGAUGGAAGAGAAGAUCCGAAUAAUCGCAGGAUUUCAAUACCAGAUGAUUCAUCCGAGAUGGAUGACACAUUUGUUAACGUAGAUAAUUCCUUGGUAGAAGAAUCUACACCUCCAGACAAACACGAGUUAUCUCCUCCUGACGGUGGUUGGGGAUGGGUUAUCGUUUUUAGCAGUUUGAUGGUCCAUAUCAUAUUAUUUGGUAUAGAAAAGUCUUCAGGAAUAUUCUACCUAAAAUUUCAAGAAAAGUUCCACCAAACCGCCGCUGCAACAGCUUGGAUGACUACAGUUCCAGGUGUGCUACGAACAAUGCUAGGUCCCGUAUGCAGCGUGCUCAUCACCCGGUACUCAUGUCGGUCUGUUACGAUAGUAGGGGCUGUCCUAUUUGGCCUAAGCCUUCUACUGACUUCGUUCGCCACUGAACUGAUAAUGUCAAUUUGCAGCUUUUCUAUAUUAGGAGGUAUUGGCAUGUGUCUAGUCUAUUCCCCGGCUGUUAUAGUCGUCAAUCAGUACUUCACAACCAGACGAGGACUUGCAUUGGGUAUAGCGACGUCCUGUAUUGGAUCUUUUCUAUUUCCGAACAUGAUUGAUUUUCUGUUCGAAUUUUAUGGAUUUCUUGGUGCAUUCCUUGUCCUAGCGGGAAUAACCUGGAAUAUCGUGGUUUGUGGAAGUUUAUUCAGACCACUUAUGACGGAGAACACUAAUAAAAGAAUUGGAGAAAUAAAUAAAGAUUCUCAACCUUCAACCCAAAAGCAAUCUAUCCAAUCCAGACAAAAGGAAAUCGACGAGAAGGCAACAUGCUGCAAAACGCAUAGGGGAUUCAUGUGUAAUUCGCAAUGCAAAAUUAAACAGUUAGUAACCGACUCGCGAUUCGUAACAACAGUUAUAGCACUUUCAUGUUUCUCUAUCAGUUUCCAAUCGGCAUUUGUGUUCAUUCCCUUAUAUGCAAAACAAAUCAACAUUGAGGAAUCAAAAACAGCUUAUACCGUAAGCAUAACAAUUCUUUUUGAUGGAUUCGGACGAAUAUUUUUCGGUGCGGUUCUUGAUAUUAGAUUCGUUAAAGAGUACAGGAUCAGUCUGUACAAUCUGCUGUUGCUGUUGGUUGGAAUAGCAUCUUUGACAUUUCCUUCCACCUCCACAUUUGCUGAAAUGUGUACAGUGUGUGCAAUAUAUGGAUUUAUGAUGGGAGGAUUAAUGUCGCAAAAAUCUGUCAUCCUUGUUGAUAUUAUUGGUCUUGAGGGUCUUCCUGGUGCUUUUGGAAUAUUGCUGUUAUUUCAAGGAGUUGGAGGCUGCAUCGGUCCAGUCAUUUCUGGUUUUCUGAAGGAUAUAAGCGGCAGUGCCACUGGUGGAUUUUAUUUCGGAGGAAUUUGUACGAUUAGUGGAGCAGCCAUUUUUGCAACAGCAAAUAUAGUAUAUUACAUCAAACAUAAACUUAGGAAAUAAGAUAACUACUCUUCUAUGAAAAAAAAACGCAUAAAAGCAAUGGAUCCCAUGGUGACUCGCUUACGUGAAAGGUUGAUACAUUAUUGACUUCGCCAUCUCAACCCAGAGGUUGCUAAAUGAACCACUCGGUCGUAUUAAUGUUAUAAGCAUACUCAGAUAGAAGAUUCAAUAGCAACAGAGUUCAAAAUACACAUGUACAUAGCAACAUUUUGAUGUUAAUCAAGCACAGAGCAUAACAUAUAUAUAUAUAUAUAUGCCUAGAAAUGUGUUCAAUAUUUUCCAAUGUCUUGGCCGUUGGUCACAUAGCGUUCUAUCAUAGAACAUGGGUUUGUACAUGUCACGCUUGCCACCGCCUUCGGCCCACGCCAGCCGAAGAGUUCAUGGAUGUUAUUUCAACUACUAACAAAAAUACUACUCUUACUGUAUCUUGUAGUAUUUUCUAGUACUGUUUAUAUAUCAUGCGAUUGUAUUUGUAUUCUCUGUGUCUUGAUAAAGGGGCGGAUUGCAUCGAAAAUUGAUAUUUUUCAUGUCCACACUGUUAGAAUUACUUCUUUGCCCCGUAUGCCUAGAAAUGAAUAUCCUUGUAUUACAGAGCUGUUUACUUUUUUUAAGAAAAAAAACCAGCGAUAUUGAGAGUGAGGAAGUUUUUGAAGAAAGGGAUUUAACUCCCAUGCUUUGAUAACUAUAAAAUUUUGGAUAAACUUAUAAGGACAUCAAAUGUUGUAUAUUUUGACCUCUGCCACUGUUGAUAUAAGAUAAUAGCCAUGUUAACGGCAAUUGUAUGAAAUAAUUGGUUUCUGUUCAAUAAAACAUUUAUCCAC